UCGAAUUCAGUAGCUGGAGGAGGCCGUGUCGACCAUGGCUGACGGUGUGGAUCACAUCGACAUUUACGCGGAUGUCGAAGAGGAGUUUAGUCAGGAAGCCGAAUACAACGUGCAUGAGCAGAUAGACCUCUAUGAUGACGUCGUCUCACCCUCCGCCAACAACGGGGACGCCCCAGAGGACCGGGACUACCUGGACAACCUCCCCGCCGCCGUUGGCAGCGAGGGGCCCAAAGGGGCCCCGCCCAGCGUCUACCCCUUCCCCGGGAAGAGGAUCGCUCUGUACAUCGGCAAUCUCACAUGGUGGACGACAGAUGAGGAUUUGACGGACGCCAUUCGCUCGGUCGGCAUCAACGACGUGCUGGAGAUCAAGUUCUUCGAAAACCGGGCCAACGGACAGUCUAAAGGGUUCGCCCUGGUCUGUGUGGGGUCCGAGUCCUCCUCCAGGAAGCUGCUGGAACUGCUGUCCAAACGGGAGCUUCAUGGCCAGAACCCCAUCGUGACCCCCUGCAACAAACAGUCCCUCAGUCAGUUCGAGAUGCAGUCCAGAAAAAGCACACAAUCAGGGCAGAUGUCUGGGGAGGGCAAGGCUGGGCCCCCUGGCCUCGGCCCCCGGGGCUUUCCUCUGGGCAGGGGGAGGGGCCGGUUCCCUGGACCCAGCAGCGACCGUUUCCCGGGGCCUGUCGGUCCUGGCGGACCCCCUCCACAUUUCCCCGGGUCUGGGAUGAGGCCCCCCGAGCUCAUUUCCCAUAGGCACCAGGACAGCCAUCUGAUGGAAAUGAAUUUCAAUUGCUUCCAGCCAGGGCAGGAUGGCAGUUGGCGACCCAGAGGGGGUCUUCAAGGGCCACCACGUCCCCCGUCUGGGCCCCCUGGUCCCCCGGGUCCGCCUGGUCCUCCCCCUGGGCAGGGUCUCCCCCCACCUCUUUCCGGGCCCCCCAACCGGGGUGACCGCCCCCCACCCCCGGUCAUGUUUUCAGGGCAGUUCGGCCAGCCCCCGAUUGGCCCCAUCCCCCCUGGCCCGCCACCCCCUGUGCCGGGCUACGGCCCCCCUCCCCCACAACAAGGCCCCCCUCCUCCGGGACCCUUCCCUCCCCGCCCGCCAGGCCCCAUUGGUCCCCCUCUAGCCUUGGCCCCCCCGCCGCACAUGCCCGGCCCCCCUCCUGGUGGCCCACCCCCAGCCCCCCAUGUCAACCCUGCCUUCUUCCCACCCCCUGGCAACAACAGCAUGCCCUCCGCAGACGGCCGUGGACCCCCUUCAAGCGAUCCCUACAGCCGGCCACCUCCGUAUGACAGAUCGGACUACGGUCCUGCCGGCAGGGAAAUGGAUGCGGCGCGAACCCCUCUCAGCGAGGCGGAGUUUGAGGAGAUCAUGAACCGUAACCGGGCCAUCUCCAGCAGCGCCAUCUCCAGGGCGGUUUCGGAUGCCAGCGCCGGUGAUUACGGGAGUGCGAUUGAGACGCUGGUGACGGCGAUCUCGCUGAUCAAACAGUCCAAGGUGUCGGCAGACGACCGAUGUAAAGUGCUGAUCAGCUCCCUGCAGGACUGCUUGCAUGGCAUCGAGUCCAAAUCCUACGGCUCCGCCUCCAGAAGGCGUGAGAGGUCCAGGGAGAGGGACCACAGCCGCUCCCGAGAGAAGAGCCGCCGCCACAAGUCCCGCAGCCGCGACCGCCACGAGGACUACUACCGCGAGCGCAGCCGGGAGCGCGAACGACACCGCGAGAGAGACCGCGACCGCGAGAGGGACCGCGACCGCGAGAGGGAGUACCGCCACCGCUAGAGAAGCUGAGGGAAGAGGAGGAUCGGGACAAGGAGGCCUCCACGGUCAAGAGCCCAAUCAGGGAAUGGACUGCCUUCAUCCGACGUCCGUCUGGAAGGAGCGGCUCUCAGCUCUCAGCACGGCUGUUUCAGGCUGAGCUACAGUAGACUAUAUCAGGUCCUACACUCAUGGUAAAAAUCC